AUGGGUAUUGCAACUAAUGGUUUUAAUCCUUUUGGGAACAUGAGUCUAUCUUAUAGCAUGUGGCCAGUGGUACUUGUCCCUUACAAUUUGCCUCCAUGGAAGUGUAUGAAAGACCCUUACUUUAUGAUGUCAUUGCUCAUUCUAGGGCCUAAAGCACCUGGAAGAGAUAUUGAUGUGUAUUUGCGUCAAUUGAUUGAAGAAUUAAAAGAGUUAUGGGUUGAUGGUGUACAUACUUAUGAUAUAGCUCGGGGAGAACGUUUUCGUUUACAUGCUGCUGUCAUCUGGUCAAUUAAUGAUUUUCCCACCUUAGGUAAUUUGUCUGGAUGGAGAACCAAAGGCUAUAAGGUGUGUAUUGUAUGUAAUGAGAAUACUUCAUCCCAAUUGUUGAGAAGUAAAAUAUGCUACAUGGGACAUCGGCGAUUCUUGUCUCCAGAUCAUCGGUGGAGGCGAAGCAAGCAAUUCGAUGGGAAACGAGAAAUUAGAUCUCUAUCAAAACUAUAUUCAGGGGAUGAAAUUCAUGAACAACAAUCCCAUGUGAACGAUGUGCAUUUCUGGAAAAAUAUAUUAUCAGUUGAUAGAGGUAGAAAAAGGAAACAUAGUCCUGGUGCAUCAAAUUGGAAUACUGGGAAAUCAAAAGAUACUGAUACAGCUCGACUGGAUUUGGCUGAUAUGAACAUACGCAAAGAGUUACAUUUGCAACCUCAUGGUGAUAGAUAUUUGAAACCACAAGCAUGUUAUACUCUUACAUUAAAUGAGAGAAGACAAUUUUGCCAAUUCUUGAAAUCAGUGAAGUUUCUAGAUGGGUAUGCAAGAAUACGUCCAUUUUUGCAUCAAGACGUUUGUGCUGCACUUGUUGAGUUGUCCUGCUUCUUCCAACAACUAUGUGCUAGGACGUUGUCUGUAAAUGGUCUAAAUAGAUUGGAACAAGAUAUAGUCCUAAUUCUUUGUAAGCUUGAAAUGGUUUUCCCUCCUAUAUUUUUUGAUAUUAUGGUUCAAUUGGCUGUACACCUUCUAUUGGAAGCUAAAUUGGGUGGUCCAGUUGGAUAUCAGUGGAUGUAUCCAAUUGAAAGGUUUUUGGGAAAAUUGAAAAAAUAUGUUAGAAACAAAGCUAGAUUGGAGGGCUCUAUUGCGGAGGGUUAUUUGAUGAACACCUUGCAUGUUGACAAGUGCAAUGAUACAACUAAGGAACUGUACUUCUUAUCUUGUGGUCCUGAUUUUCGUGUUAAAUUUUAUAACAAUUGUAUUGUCAAUGGAGUGUGUUUCCAUAACAAUGAUCAAUCACAUUAUCGAGUUACACAAAAUUGUGGAGUGAUGGUGCCAGUGGAGCAUGAUGGUGAUCCAAUUGAUUUUUAUGGUGAAUUAAGUGGUGUGUUAGAGCUAAAUUAUGUUAAUGGGUUUCGAGUUAUGUUAUUCAAGUGUAACUGGUUUGACACUGAUGCAAAAAAGAAGAGGAUACAAAAAGAUUAUCAUCUCACUUGUAUUAAUGUUGGAAAAUUGUGGUAUGAAAAUGAUCCUUUUAUACUUGCCAUUCAAGCUUAA